UCAUGGAUCCCUUUUUUUGAAACCUGUAACAACCUAAUUAUAGCAAACAGGUCCUUAAUGAGCUUGUUCGGUGGCCAACUCUGUACCUAACUCCAGUUUCAGUAGAACUGUAGAAGGCCUUCUCCAUCAGAUUGCGUGCUUCGCUCAUAUGUAAUGCAACUAUGCGACCUUCAAUAUGUCACUUGUGAGUUGUGACUUCUGAGGCGCUAUCAAAUUGAUCCACCAGUCACCACUGCACUGCAGUAGCAGGACAGAAAUGGAGUGGUCUUGCAUUCUUGCUCGUGCUAGCUCUCGCGACGCAUCCUUUUCGGCGCGGCCGUGCGAUUUGGACGGCGCGCGCGCACGCAACGCGCGGUGGACAAGCGCACGGCGCGUCAGGGCGUCCUGACGCGCGCGCUCGCUCGCUCGCUUGUGCGCGUGACGCCAGCCGGCCCCCGCCCGAUCGAGGGGCCAUGUGAGUGUGUCACCCAUCUGACGGGCCCCCACUCGCCACCUACGCAAGCGAGCGAACGAGGCCGAGGCCGGGCCGCGCACGCAGAUCGGAAUCCGGAGCAACCGUUCCUAAUCUCGCAUCGUUCCGUCUACCGGGCACCGGCUCCCGAGAAUCCCCGAUCCGGAGCUGGUCGUGUCCUCGCGAAUGGCGGCCGCAGCGGAGGUGCAGGCGGAGGGGUCCGCUCCCCCGCCGCCGCGGACCGGCGAGGCGGCGGCGGCGGCGGAGGCGACCGAGCCUCCUGCGACGCCCGAGAAGCGCAGCGCGCCGGCGGAACGCGAGGAGGAGGAGAAGGGGGAGGAGCCGCGGCCGGAGCCUAAGCGGCGGCGCGCGCGCGUCGCGGCGCUCGAGAGCGUGCCCCGCGCGGCGGAGGUCGCGGCCGCGGCGGCUGAGGCGGUGAGGGCGAGCAGAGAGGACGAGCCCGGGUCCGCGGACGGCUGCGACGGAGGAGGGUCGUUCUCGUUCCACGCGCGGAGCUUCUCCGGCGCGCAGACGACGCCCAAGUUCGGGUCCUUCAACCCCGCAGCCGCCGCCGACCUCUUGGCCUUCCACUUGAAGGCCCCGCGGCGCCCCGCGGACGCGGCAGCGGCAGGAGAGGCGGAGGACGGGGCGGUCGCCGGCGGCGACGAGGAGGCGGCAGCCGAAGGCUGCGAUGGGGAUUCACGCUAGCUCGGGAGGUAGUCAAGUGGACUGUUUGACGCGUGAAUGACUUUGUUUUGACUUUUGGGCGAGGAACUGCCCUCUAGCAAUUGUAACUUGUGUUCAUUUCUUCAUCUUCUUCUCUGCUGUGUACGUGUGUAAUGUGAUGUAAUCUACUGGCGACGGUGGUCUUGUUAGACAAAUUAGUGAUUUGUAAUGAUAAAAUUAGGAAAUGAAAGUGAUAUCUUGUUCAUUUGAGUGAUGGA